GGAUACUUGAACAAGACAGACAUAAAUCAUGCUCUCACAAAGCUUAGAAUCUCAGAAGAGAGGGUAUGUGUGUGCAGGAGUGCGAAGUUCUGGGACACCAAGAAACUUAACGCAGCUGCAAAUGGCUACAACAAAUAGGUCAUCUGUGGAAGGAAAGCAGAGCAGCCUCACACCUCCUGUGGAAGCUAACACUUCUCAGUCUGUAAUUGUGGCUACAAAGGCUGUGCUCACUUGCCGUCCUGUCGGCUUAACCAAUGUGCUGAUAAUAAGGUGGGAAAUAAACCUCAGAGACAAGCCUUCCUGCAUUAGAGCCUACAGGAGAGAUAAGAAUGAGACCAGUGAAAGAAACUGUACCGACGAGAGAAUAUCCUGGGAGUCCAGACCCGAUCAGAAUCCUGCCCUUCAGAUUGAUCCCGUGGCCACCACUCAUGAUGGAUAUUACAGGUGUGAAGUGGCCUCACGUGAUGGGAAUUUUGGUUUUGGAUAUCACCUCCAAGUGUUAGUGCCCCCUGAGGUGACCCUGUUUCGAGGCAGCAAUGGAACCCUGGUGUGCAGGGCUGCAGGGAAGCCAGCUGCACAGAUCUCCUGGACCCCAGGGGGAGACUGUCACACUGCGGAACAACAGUUGGGCAAUGGCACAGUGACCGUCCUGAGUACAUGCCACUGGGAGGAUCGCCAGGUGUCUAACGUGUCCUGCUCUGUCUCCCAUGUGACUGGCAACAAGACUCUGUCCUUAGAGCUGAAUCCAGGUGACCAAUCACCACUGAAAUUAACUAUUUUAUCUAUCACCUCCUCUAUUUUGAUUACCUUGAUCAUUGUGGGAUUCAUUGUGGGAUCCAUUUUGAAAAUCGAUUGCUGCAGAAAAUGCAAAUUAAAAAAAAUGGAAGCUACUUCAGUUGUUGAGGAGGAGGAAAUGCAGCCUUAUGCCAGCUACACAGAGAAGAACAAUCCACUCUAUGAUACUGUGAGCAUGAAGAGGUUUCAGGUUUUACAAAGUGAAGUUGAUGGGCUGUGUCUCCAUACUUCAUAAGUUAUUGGAAUCUAGCAACAGAACAAAUGAAUAAAGAUACAGCAGGACUACUAUUUUGAUUUUCUUAGAGUUCUAGUAUGGAAAACCUAUUUUGGAAUUAGCUUUUCAAGGAUUCUGAGAAGAUAGAGAUUUUUAAAAGGUUUUCAUACAUAUCCUUAUAUAUUAAAAUUUUAGAAUGUUAGCUGCUAUUAGGUAGUUCUCUGAAGAACUGAUAUUAUUACAAAGAAAGCAAAUGCUAUGAUAAAAUAUUCAAAUUGUUUAGUAUAGUAGAUAAUGAAAACUGAAUUUCUUCAAGAAAGAACUCUGCAGAAGGAAGAAUCAACAUAUUUUAUGUAUUCUUCCAGAAAAUUUUAUGUAUAUAUAUCUGUACACCAAGGUAUGGGUGUGCAUUCAUAAUAAGUCUAUUUACAUAUAUAAACACAUAUCCUUGUGAAGACACAAAUGGGAACAUAUCAUGAUGCUCUUCUGCACUUAUAGAAAGCUAAUAAUAUGAUAGGUCUUGAAGAUCUUUUAUAUCAAUACAAGCAGAGCUACCUCAUUCUUUUUAAUGAUUAUAAAAUUCCAUUGUAUGGUUAUGUCAUAAUUUAAUUAACUACAGUCCUAGUGGUAGACAUUUAGAUUGUUUUAAGUUUUAUUUGUUUGUUUUGGUAUUAUAAACAAUACCACAUAGAAUGUUUCUUGUGGAUAGAUCUCUUUAUAUUUGUUUAAGUAUAUUUAUAGAAUAAUUUCCCUGAGUGGAAUUUCAGGUCAAAAGGGUUUGUGCAUUUUUUAUUGAUUGAUAUGUCCAAUUGUAUCAAUUGACAUUCCCUUCAACCAUGUUUGAAUGUGCCUUUCCAUAUACUGUUAUUUUAAUAUCUGCAAGAUUCCCACCUCUUGUUUUUAAUCAACCAGUUAACUAAUGUGAUGUAAGAUUAUAA